UGCUUCCAACCGUGACUAACUUUUACCCUAACAAUGCACUAUGUUAUUAUAUAAGCUUGUAAACUAAAGUCAUACGUUACAGACGAAAAUGCUUUAAGGAAUAAUUCAUGCUAACUCCAAUAAAUAAGUUUAAAAACUCGUUUGCUGUAUAGGAAGAAGUCUGAAAAUGGCAGAUAGUAAGAAAGAUUCAGGUCCGGUUGGACUGUAUGAGGUUGUAGAAGUGCCAUGUUACGUUUUGAACGUGAAGAUUGUCAGAGGUCACGUGACAAAAGGACGCUGGUCAGAUAUGAUGGAUACUCCGGACGCAUACGUUAAGCUAAUUGUCAGAAGAGCUCCAAAUCCUAAGAGACAAACCAAAUCUUGCGACAAUAAAAACGAACCGAUCUGGAACGAGACUUUCAAGUUCUUUCUCAAAAACGUUGACGGAAACAAUAUGGAAUUAACCUUAAUGGACUCAGAUUACAUAUCUGAUGAUACUCUCUCCACUCAGACGAUAAAGAUACCUAAUUUAAAUGAUUUGAUGGAACGCAGACAAGAGAUGACCAUUAACUUCAAUGAGAGUUCCAAAAUUGACAUAGAGAUGUGGGCAGAAUACGACACCUCGGACCUUGCGAUAUACUGCGGACAAGAACUGUGCGAAGAAGAAAAGACCUUUCUGGAAAAAAGGAAAGAAAGAGCUUAUCGAGUGAUGCAAGAAAUGUUAGGGAAAGACGCUCCAAAAACACCAAACGAGGUUCCAACAAUAGCAGUAAUGGGAUCUGGUGGUGGAUUCCGUGCAAUGACAGCCUAUUCUGGAGCAAUGGGCGCCCUGGUGGACUCUAAAAUUGCAGAUAUGGUUAUGUAUAACUUGGGUCUGUCCGGCUCAGCUUGGUACCUUUCGUCUCUCUACUCCCAUCCUGACUAUCCCAAAAAAUCUCCACGUGAGCUUCGCAAAGAGCUAGGUGAAAGUAUUGAAUCCAGUCCGAGGUGGAUCGUGUUUAAUCCUUUGAAUUGGAUAAAGUGUAUGUCAGACGUGAGAUCGGCAAAGGCAAGUGGGCAACCUUUCAGCUUCACGGAUGUCUACGGUUUUAUGGUCGGCGAAACACUUCUCAGAGGCAGAAUGGAUUCAAAACUGACUGAUCAGCGAGAAAUGUUAAAGGAUGGAUUGGUUCCUAUACCUUUGUACGCAGGUGUCCACGUAAAAACUACGACAUCGGCUAAGGUCUUUCACGAGUGGGUAGAGUUCAGUCCAUACCUCAUAGGCAUGUCAAAGUAUGGCACAUUUAUGCGACCAGAAUUAUUUGGAAGCAAACUCUUCCAAGGACGGCUAAUUACAAAAUACGAUGAGUCACCACUGCAUUUUUUCCAAGGUCUUUGGGGAAGUGCAUAUUGUGUUUUGGCAAAUCGUUUUGUUGGCAUAAACCCAGAGGACUCAGACAAUGAAGAUGAGGAACGCGAAGAACUUGAUAAAGAAUUAGUUGAAGAACUAACAAUACUAGCUGAAAAUGAUGAUGAAAGUAGUGACGAUGAAGAAAAUGGUAAAGCCAUAGAUGAAAAGAAAGCGGAGAAAAAUAAGCAAAAGCAAAAAAGUAUUUUCAAAAGAUUUUAUGAUUUUUUUGGUAUUGAUUCUCUUGUAAACAAUAUCCAAGGAAGGGCAGCAGUUGUGUUUAACUACAUGCGUGGUUUAGUAUUGCAAGAAUACCAUCCGAUAGAUUUGUCUAUGCCACCGAUGUUGAUGGCACCGCGGUUACUGCCUGAGUUCUCAACAACUGAAACAACCGAGGGACAGUUUGAUGAAAUAUUUGACAUGUACCCGACUGAAUACAGAAAGAUGUAUCUAGUGGACGCUGGACUAGCAUUCAACUCUCCAUAUCCACUUAUACUGCGGCCGGAGCGACAAGUUGAUCUAAUCCUGUCAUUUGAAUUUAGCAGUAGAAAAAGUGACAAAGCAAAUCCUCUAUCGGAACUUGUGCUGGCCGCUGAGUGGGCAAAACUGAAUAAAUUCCCAUUCCCUGAGAUUGACCAAACGGUGAUAGAUCGGGAAGGAUUCAAGGAAUGUUAUGUGUUUGAAAACCCUGAUGACCCAAAUUGCCCGAUUGUCAUGCAUUUCAUUCUCUACAACAAUCAAUUCAGAAAAUUUAAAUCUCCAGGAGUUCCUAGGAUGACACCGGAGGAAUUAGAAUACGGCGACUUUGAUGUGUUUGACGAUCCGGAUAAACCGUAUGCAACCAGCAAAUUUCAGUACUCAAACAAAGCUUUCAACCGUCUUGCAGAUCUGAUGGAAUUUAACACACUGUCUAGCAAAGAUUUGAUAAUUGAGAAUAUCAGAAAAUGUGUGAAGAGAAAAAGUCAGAUAUAAAUAGAAAAAGAUGUCAGCCGUAGAUAGCUAAAUCUUAAUUGAUUGACUUUGAAAACUUUAAUUAAAAAAUAUAACAUGUACUAAAGUGUAUGUGUUGUUUUACUUUGCAAAUACUGAUUUUAUUUUAUUUGUUGUAAGAUCACAACAAAAUGUGAAUCAUUUUAAAGUUGGCUGUAUAACAGCGAAAUAAUCCGCGAACGGCUCCAAAUAAGUUACAAUAUUAUUCAAAUUGGUAUCUGAUGUGCUGAAAGAUAGACGGAUUGCCUUUACAAGAGCUUAUGAUUGUAAGAGUGUUAGUGUAUAUAUCGUACUUUUACUAUAAGCAAAACUCGAAAAAAAAUCAUUUCAAUGAUUUGGUACUCUGACAUAAACUGUAUUUGCAGUGUCCUUUGAUUCUGAAAUUAUCGCGUGCAAUUCUAACAGAGAAUUUGUAUUGAUAAGUGAAUCGUGAUUGCUAGAUUGACUUUAUAUUGUUAUAGUAUUUUUUUCAAGAUGGUUACAAAAGUAACAUUUGCUUAAUUUCUGUACUUCUACUUGUACUAUAUGGAUCUUUAUCUUUGAAAAUGUUUACUUCUUUUGUUAUAAGAUUUCUAUGCUUUGCCAUGGUGACAGUUCUCGUAGAUCCAAUAAAGUGUAAGUAAA